GUUGUUGUCAGCCGUCGCCGGGGUAGACGAGCAGAUAGCAGAGGAAUUAUGCCCUUUUUCUUGCUUCUUUUAAAUCCUGUUGACGUUUAAGAACAACUCUGGAGGAAGCGGUUGCUUUGCUAGAGCUCUAUUUAGUUGUGAUGAUUAUUUCUUUUUCUUGGGCAAUUUAUUUUAUGUUCAUAUCGAAGCCGUUGAUGGGGAAGAAUUAGCAAUGGCUCGAUGACAUAGACGCCGCAAGUUUGUUUGAACGUAACACGGCCUCCAAAUGGAUUUCUCGAAGUUCCUGGACGAUGAUUUCGAUGUGAAAGACUGGGUGAAUGGCGCCUUCAGGGUGCAGAAGGAUGCCGAGGCGAAAGCGGACACACACGCAGCUACUCUGGUGAUGAAGCUACAGCUCUUCAUCCAGGAAGUAAAUAAUACAAUUGAGGAGACCAGUAAUCAGGCUCUUCAAAAUAUGCCUCGAGUUCUGCGGGAUGUUGAGGCUUUGAAACAGGAAGCCUCCUUUCUUAAAGAGCAGAUGAUUCUGGUCAAGGAAGACAUCAAGAAGUUUGAACAGGACACAGUGAGAUCCAUGCAGGUCUUGGUGGAAAUCGAUCAAGUAAAGAGUCGAAUGCAGCUCGCAGCGGAAGCUCUGCAGGAGGCCGACAAAUGGAGCACACUCAGUGCAGACAUUGAGGACACUUUUAAAACGCAGGACUUUACAAUUAUAUCCUCAAAGCUGACCAGCAUGCAGAACAGUCUGGCGAUGCUGGUAGACACACCUGACUACUCUGAGAAGUGUGUUCAUCUUGAAGCUCUGAAAAACAGGCUUGAAGCCCUCGCCAGUCCUCAGAUAGUGGCCACAUUUAAUUCCAUGUCCAUUGACCAAGCAAAACUGUUUGUCAAAGUCUUCACUGAAAUUGACAGAAUGCCACAGCUCCUCGCCUAUUACUACAAGUGUCAUAAGGGCCAGUUAGUUGGUAUGUGGCAGGAUCUGUCGCAGAGUGAGCUCAGUCUGAAUCAGCAGCUGGCAGAAUUCUACGACACGUUGCUCUCCACAUGGCACUCACAGCUCCAGUGGAGCAGCCAGGUGUUCAGGAAUCCUUACGAGGUGGUGACAGUAUUGCUGAUACAGACCCUGGGGGCCAUGGUGCCAUCCAUUCCUGUGUGCUUGAGCACAGCCAUGGAGCGAGCGCCUCAGGAACAGAGACUGGACACUCUGCUGGAGAUUUACCAAACUGCGUUAACCUUCGGGCGCAGUUUGGACGCCGCUCUGACCCCUCAUCUGGGUGAGAAUAACCUGCUGAAGGUGAAUGAGCUUGUGUGCGCUCUGUACGAUCCCUAUAAACCGUAUUUAUUACAGUAUGGGGAUCUCGAGGAGGCGCACCUCCUCAUACAGAUCAGUGCCAUACCUCUGGAGCACGGAGAGGUAAUGGACUGUGUCGAGGAGCUGAGCCAUUCUGUGGGUAAAUUGUUCGGCCUGGCUGGGGCUGCUGUGGACCGCUGCGUCAAACUGACAGAUGGACUGGCUGUCUGUGGCCUCCUCAAAGCUUUGAAAGCGCUGUUCACCAAGUACGUGUCUGACUUCUCAACCACACUGCAGUCCAUCAGAAAGAAAUGCAAACUGGAGGACAACAGCAGCGCAGGUGUUUUCCAAGAGGACUGGACGGCUUUCCAGAACUCAGUCAGAAUUAUAGCCACCUGUGGUGAGCUGCUGAGACAAUGUGGAGCGUUCGAGCAGCAGCUGUCCAACAAGAUUCUGGGCUCGGCCGGAAAAUACUUGUCAGAGUCGUACAGCCCCCGCAGCCUGGCGGGAAUCCAGGAGGUCAGCUCUUCAGAGAGAAAGAGCGCCACCAAAAAUCCGUUGCAGGAAUACAACUAUCUUCAGAGAGGCAGUAUGGCUGAGUAUAACAGCCUGAUGGAGGUGCUUUACUCAUUGAAGGAAAAGGGCACUGGUAACUCCAGUUUGUUGGCUGAACCCAGAUCAGCUCUGACCAGACUGAACCAGCAGGCCAACCAGCUGGCCUUCGAUUCGGUUUUCCUCCAGAUCAAACAUCAACUCUGUCUCGUCUCCAAAAUAGAGAGCAAAGAGUCUGCUGCUCUGGGAGAAGGCUACACAGACGACCUGCCGAACUUCAGCUUGUCACCACAAGAAUACAUCACAAAUAUCGGUCAGUACCUGAUGUCCCUGCCUCUUCACCUGGAGCCAUUUGUUGCACAGGAAGAUCCGGCUCUGGAAAUGGCUCUUCAUGCUGGGAAACUGCCUUUUCCUCCUGAACAAGGCGAUGACCUUCCUGAGCUGGACAACACGGCCGACUACUGGCUUGGCUCCAUCGCGCGCGCAACCAUGCAGACGUACUGCGACGCCAUCCUGCUCAUCCCACAGCUGAACACUCAUUCCACCAAACAACUGGCCACUGACAUUGAUUACCUCAGUAAUGUGAUGGACGCUCUGGGCCUGCAGCCUUCUCGCAACCUCCAGCAGAUCGUCACGUUGUUACGCGUCAAACCAGAAGACUACAGACAAACCGCUAAACCGUUGCCACGGCGACUGGCCUCCACCAUUGCUGCCCUGCGAGGCAUCGACUACUAACAAACAACUUUGUUAACUUUGCCGUCACAUCUCAUGUCUGUAACAGUGUUGGAGUCAAUCAGUGGAUACUCUUGGAAUGGCAUUUAUGGGGGUGUAUUCAUCUCUAAUCAGGGUCAGUUAUUUUUUUAACACUUGAGUUUGGAAGAAAAGGAACCACAGAUGAUGAGGCCUUGAAGUUCAAUACUCUGUCUCCCAACACUUCUUUAUCAUGUAUCGUGCUCAUGACCAAUACCAAACUGUAUAUUUUAAUUAAACAGAUUCAGUUUAGUUUUUUCUUUUGUGUUUUUUUUCUCAAAAGAAUUGUAUUGUGUCUCUUCAAGUUUAUUCUGCACCUAUAUAUAACUUAUCUGUAAUUGAUGAAGACUUUUGCUCUUGGACUGGAUAUCAACAAAAGGAUGAGGGAUGUUCUUUGUAUUCUGUUGUUUUUUUUUGUGGUCAGCACCGUGACCUAAUUCCUGUCAUAUGGUGAGUGAUUUCCUGCCUUAUUCUUUUUUUCAAACCAUAUACACUUAUAUAUUUCAGUCAAAAGACUGCAUUUUCUUUUGGCUUUUUGUAACUUAUACCGCUGAUAUAAUAUCAUCAAAUCUGGACGUUUUAUUUUGGGCUAAUUUUUUGGGGCACCAACCUAAAACCAAGUAAUCAUCAAUCUGAUGUGUGAACUUUAAUUUGGAUUAAUCUUGUGACAUUGUUAGGAUUUCAUUUCAUGGAUCAACACUUCAAAAACAAGAAGAAAGAAAAGUAGAACCAGUCUAAAACUUGACAUGCUUAAUGUAACAGGUCAGU